AUGACCUCCAGAACGCGCCUGUGUUUUUCCAUCCCUAUUAUUUAUAUAUAUUAUAAAUUAAGGGAAGUUUUUGUUUUAUAUCUCACAGGAACUCCAAAACAUAAGCUGCAUUACAGAAAGGAAGUAGAAAUGAGAACCACACUUCAGGAGUUCUUACUCUACCUUAUUUUUUUAAUAAACUUAUGUAUAUUGACUUUUGGGAUGGUAAACCCACAUAUGUAUUACUUAAACAAAGUUAUGUCAUCUCUAUUUUUGGACACGUCUGUGCAUGGUGAAGAAAGAACCAACUUUAAGUCUAUUCACAGCAUAACUGACUUUUGGAAGUUUAUGGAAGGACCCCUUUUGGAAGGCCUGUACUGGGACUCAUGGUACAAUAACAAGAAUUUGUAUGACUUAAAGAACAGCAGUCGCAUCUACUAUGAGAACAUACUUUUAGGAGUCCCCAGAGUCCGUCAACUAAAAGUCCGCAACAACACGUGCAAGGUCCAUUCAUCCUUUCAGUCCUUGAUGAAUGAAUGUUAUGACAAAUACACUUCUGAAAAUGAAGAUCUGUCUGAUUUUGGCCUUAAAUAUGACACUGAAUGGAAGUACUCUGCUCCUAGUACCAACUCCCCUUGGCAUUGGGGAUUUACUGGUGUUUACCGAAAUGGGGGAUAUAUUUUCACUUUAUCAAAAUCAAAAUCUGAAACCCUAAACAAGUUCAUUAAUCUUCGAAUGAACAGCUGGAUCACAAGAAGCACUAGAGUUGUUUUUAUUGAUUUUUCAGUAUACAAUGCUAAUGUAAAUCUGUUUUGCAUCAUCAGAUUGGUGGCAGAAUUCCCUGCAACUGGAGGAAUACUUACUUCAUGGCAGUUUUACUCUGUGAAGCUCCUUAGAUAUGUUAGCUACUAUGAUUAUUUUAUUGCUUCCUGUGAAGUCACAUUUUGUAUUUUUCUUAUUGUCUUCACAACACAAGAAGUCCAAAAAAUAAAAGAAUUUAAAUCUGCCUAUUUCAAAAGUAGUUGGAACUGGCUAGAAUUACUACUUUUGGUGUUGUGUUUUGUGGCCGUUUUCUUCAACACAUACUGUAAUAUACAAAUUUUUCUCUUGCUUGGACAACUGUUAAAAAGUACUGAAAAAUAUUCAGACUUCUAUUUUCUUGCAUACUGGCACAUUUAUUACAACAAUAUAAUUGCCAUAACCAUCUUCUUUGCAUGGAUAAAGAUAUUCAAAUUCAUAAGCUUUAAUAAGACAAUGUCUCAGCUGUCAUCAACCUUGUCCCGCUGUAUCAAAGACAUAGUAGGAUUUGCCAUCAUGUUUUUUAUAAUAUUCUUUGCUUACGCUCAGUUAGGAUUUCUUGUUUUUGGAUCACAAGUUGACGACUUUUCCACUUUUCAAAAUUCCAUAUUUGCACAAUUUCGUAUUGUUCUUGGAGAUUUUAAUUUUGCUGGUAUUCAGCAAGCCAGUCGUAUCUUGGGACCCAUUUACUUCAUCACUUUCAUCUUUUUCGUGUUCUUUGUCCUGCUGAACAUGUUCUUGGCAAUAAUUAAUGAUACCUAUUCUGAAGUGAAAGCUGACUAUUCAAUAGGCAGAAGGCCAGAUUUUGAACUUGGUAAAAUGAUUAAAAAGAGUUACCACAAUGCUCUCGAAAAACUCAAACUAAAGAAACCUGAAACAGAUGAAGACAAGAAAAGUAGGAAAAGCAGAGAUUUGGCUGAACAAGCCAGAAGAGAAGGCUUUGAUGAAAAAGAGAUUCAAAGUGCAGAGCAGAUGAAAAAAUGGAAAGAGAGGCUUGAGAAAAAGUAUUAUUCUACAGAAAUUCAAGAUGACUACCAGCCUGUCACUCAACAAGAAUUUCGAGACCUCUUUUUAUAUGCUGUGGAGCUGGAGAAAGAAUUACACUACGUCAGUUUAAAACUAAACCGAGUGAUGAGAAAGGUUUCAGCUCUACAAUAUUGAGGCAAGUGGAGGUGAGAAUCUGUGAUACAAUCAUGGAACAUUUCUAAUGAUUUAUUCCUGUACUGAAUUAUGUCCUAAAUUUGUCCCAAUUUUGGGUACAUUUUAAAAGCACAAAACUAGCUACCAUCAAACUAUCAUCAGGAUCAAUGAUAAUCAUCAAGUGAUUUCUAGGAAUGGGACCCAAUAUAUAAUCCAUGUGUAUUACAACAUGCCUCCACAGUAUACACACACAGGUACACAUGAAGACUUUUAUAAUGAGAUUUAUUAUUAAAUUCUUGGAAUGUGAACGGAAAGUAUUAAAUAAUAUUGCUUUUAGUUCUUAGGGCAGGUCUCUAAUUAAUAGUUCAAUAAGUCAGUAAAGAGUUUUCUCAAUGUUACACAGAGUAUUAGAACUGUUGGUAUUCUCAUCAUGUGCCAUGUUCCAACUUCUCUAGCCAAAGGUAAAUUAAUAAAUGCUUAGGAUUCUAGAAAACCAUUAUAUAAGACCCCAAGUAAAAUAAUCUCACCUCCAUUCUUCCCAGUUGGAAGUCUCCUGGAAAAAGGCAAAGUGUAGAAGAACAAACUUCCCAACCACCUAUAGAAAUUUCACUAAUAUCUUCAAACUAGAAAUUCAUCUAGACAGUUUCUAAAGUAACACAUUUGAAGUUUCCCAAAAGUGCUUCCUUGACUACUUUAAAAGUAAACUAUCCUUUAAAACAUAAAAUAAAAGAGCCAGGUAGGAGUAUCAAGGUUAUAAGAAGCCAAGUUAUGUUUGAAAAGUGUAAAUGAGGGUGUUGCAAAAGCCCUGUAUGGAUGGUUGGGAAGUUUUGGAUGGCUGGCAUUUUGGAAAUUGGAAGGAAACUCUUCCAAUAUAGGUUACAUAAGCCCUCCUAGGACAGCCAUAUGUUAUAUGUUCUCUUAGCCCAAGUAACAUCAUUUGACCAUAGAUUUCCACACUGUGCUCAACAGUCCCUGGACUGUAAAACUCAAAUAAAGGAAUUGUUAAAUAUACCCACCUUCCUUAAGCCAAGCUCUUCUCUUAGAGACUGUAUGUCAAGUUUUCUUAAUAAGAUAAUUCACUGCUGCUGACUAUUCUCUCUGCAUCUUCUCCCUAGAUUUCCAAAGAGAAUCAACAACAUGGCCUUUCCUUGUCUUACCACUCCCUAGAGCUGUAGACAGUCACGUGGUUUAGUAACCUUGCUGUCUCCCCACAUGGUUUCUGGUUGGGGUAAUUCAAACAAAGCCUGAGAACAUUAAGGCAAGGGAACACCUGAGGGUUUUAUUUUUCCUUUUUAAACAUCUAGUGAAAAAAACAAAAAACAUUUACAAUGACUUAGAACAUUAAAGUUCUUUUAUUACAAAAGUCUAUACAAUGAAGUGCCAAACACAGCAAUGCAAUUAUACUUGUAGUCAUAUAUAUCUAUAUAUUGUUUGUAUAUAGAUACACAGUUUUUACUUGUACCAAAGUAAAAUUAUCACAAACUGCCUAAUUCUACCACUUACUACUGAACUAUGACACACAAUACUGUCACAUAGCAUAAGUGCUGCCAUGCCACUUUUUAUCUAUUCUACUCACAGCCAAACAUUAACAGUGAAUAACCAACAUCAUGAAGCAGCUGUUUAUUCUAAAAUGAAACCAGUCAGGCUACUGACUUAUAAAAAUAUGGUACUCAUAUAGAUUUAGCAUUAUAAAGAAGGAAUAUAUUAUUUAAAACAUUUAAAUAGUGCAUAUGGACAUUUUUGCAUGUGGUAUAUAAAAUAAAACAUUCAUAUAAAACAAUAUACAGUGCACAUUAAAUAAGAUGUUUGGAUAUACUCCUGUUGGAGACUGAAAGAAAUUAACUAAAUGUACACUGCAUGAUGAAUUCAAAUCAAAGUGAUAACAUCUUUUGGUGUUCUCAAUUUCACGUUUCUAGGUGUACAUUAUGAAUAACCUAGCUGUAUCAAAAGGAAACCACACGAAAAGGGCUGGAUUUAGUGCUUUAUUCCCCAAUGACACGUUCACUACCAAGGAACAUUCCCUCCCCCCAAAAAAGGCAUUGCACACACAGGUGAAAUGUGAAGUACUAGAAAUGCUACUUAUUAUCAAGCUACUUCAUGUGCUAUGUAACAGUGCCAGAAGUCUGAGGUUCAUGCUUCCCUCACCUUAUUAAAGGAUGCUGCAAAAGUCCAUUUUUGUAUGGAACAAAUUAUGAAUAUUAGCUAGUUAAGAAAACCAUGCAUGAGUCACUGCAUGCAAAACAUGGGCACAAAUUGAGAUACUCAUCAAUCCAAAAACGCACCAGGAAAAAAAUUAACACUUAGAUUAAACCUGAUCAGAAUAGGCUGUUAAUGACUAUCAUAUUGUUAGCACAAAUAAAGUCACCAUUCUGUGAAAAUAAUUAGCAGAAUUAUACCAGGAAAGAACCUGAAGAAAAGCCAUGCAAAGCCACAGAAAAAAAGAUAUGCUUAGAGUGUAUGACAAGGGGCAUACCACAAUACACCUGUAACCAGCUGCUUUAAACAGCAUGUGAUUGAGCAAAAGGUGAUCCCUUUAGAGGAUGUUUUCUUUAUGGAUUUUGCUGAUUAAAAAAGAAAAAAAAAUGAUGCAACCCCUUGAAGGUAUAUGUAAAAAUGCAGUGGUAUAGCCCUUGUUAAGAAUAGAUUUACUUCAGGCAUAAUGAUUCUUUUGCCAAUUUAAGCCCAUUUGAUUGAACACACAAAUCUGAGCACCAUCAGAGUUUCUACAUACUGACAUGGCUAUUUUCUCACAUUAUCUGGAGGUGGGUAGGGGGAAAAAAUGCAGGAUCUAAUCCAGACAAAUCACAUCAUCACCAACUGAUAAACUGUAACUGAGGAAACAAACAGUAACUUAAGUCCCAAAGGCAGCAUGUGAUAUAAUUCAGUUCUGUGUGUGACGUGUGGUGUGUGUUUUCACUAUACUAAUAAGCAAGGUCACUUUUUGGUCUACCCGCUGUUAUCUUCAUCCAGGAGCUGUGUGACCACUGAAUUGCAAAAUUCUGCUAACAUACUACCUGUGAGAAAGUGUCACUUUGGGAAUUUAACAGAAAUAUGUUCCACAGUAGGACUUGAAAUUUCAGUUGAUUUUGGUUUUCUAAGAAAACACAGAACAUAGUUGCAUAUGUGCACAUUUAUAGGCUUUUCUUUCAAAUUUUCAGUCAUUCUGUAAGAAAAAGGCAACUGAAGAAGAAUUCAAUGUGAAGA